AUGAACAUGAAAGAAGUUAAAAUAAAUAUCAACGUAGAGAAAAUAUUCACAGCAUGCCAGGGCAUCAAGUCCACUGAUAAUCUUCUGAAGCACGACACUCCAAAAGACUACACAGAUCUGAUAGACCGUAUAUUUAAAGACAGUUUCAAGAUAGUAAGCGGUGCAAACAAUACUGGAGAAGAAGUACAGAUCUUGGAAAUAUUUAAGCGUAGAGCGCAAGAAUACUUUGCAUACAAUACAUAUGGAAAACAUGCCAUGCAUGGUCUAUACAAGGCACUGCAGAGCAAAAAAAAAGAUGAAAUAAGAAAGCAUUCCAUCAGUGUAAUCAAUGAUGUUAUAAAGCCAAACACCCACAUAUACAGCCCUUGCCUUGGAAUACACAUACAGGAUGACAGGAGUAAACAUCUGGGGAUCGACAUAGAUGACGAGAUGCCUGACCUAGCAAGCCCAAGAACACGCACUCUGAGGCUUGAUGAUAAAAGUUCUAACUUGAUUUCCAUGUGGCAUGAUAUCAAAGAAAGACUGGAUAAGGAGUCUCUCUGCCACAUUGCAAACCUGCUCUACUCGGAGAAUAGCAAGCAU